AUGCGUAUCUCUACCGUGUGGUUCAUGGGCUGGUCCGCCCUCUCAUUGGCCUUUCCUUUGUCAACGCGCAAUGAUACAGACGCACACAAGAACACAGAUGCGCAAUCACGACGGCUAGCUACAUACGUCCAGUCGUUCAACACACUAGCUGGUGGCAACAUGUCAUUACUCCCGAUUCGAGAUCAACAAACACAUGUCACACAUGCCAUCUUAGCAGCAAUACAUGUCGAAGACACUCCCGGCGUGAUACACCUCAAUGAUAACGACAUUGAUUCUUCAUAUUGGGAUGUCAUCUGGGCAGAAGCAGCUUUGUUACAAUCGGCUGGCACGAAAGUAAUGAUGAUGCUCGGAGGUGCAGCGCCCGGCUCCUAUCAGCGACUGUGCAGUGGUGACGGUGCUGGAAGCGUCCUCAAUGAGGCAUACUACCUGCCGCUGCAAAAGACCCUCAAACUUCACAAAAUUGAUGGACUCGAUCUGGACAUCGAGGAAGUGGUUCCUUUGGCUUGCCCAUUGGCACUGCUACAGCGACUUCAUGCCGACUUCGGUCGGGAGUUCAUCUUGACCAUGGCCCCAGUGGCUAGCGAUCUCGAGCCGUCCGGCCGAGGACUCGGCGGAUUUUCCUACCUGCACCUCGAUGCUCAAGCUCUCAGCUCAGACAAGCCAAAUGGAAAGUUGAUUGACUGGUUCAACGUUCAGUUCUAUAACGGCUGGGGCGAUGCAAGCUCGACCGUGGGAUACACAUCGAUCAUCAACAAUGGCUUCGACCCUUCUCGUGUUGCGAUGGGUAUUCUUUCCUCACCCCAGGACGGUGGAAGCGGCUGGUACCCACGAUAUACCUACGUCGCUACGAUCUCUCAGUUGGUUGCCACAUAUCCCAAUUUUGGAGGCGUUGUCAGCUGGGAGUACCACGAUUCUGGCUUUGGUGACGAAGAAGGUGAUGUCGUGGACAGUACCGGCGCCAGAUCGCGUGGCCAGGGUACAUUCCAGGAUGACCCAUGGAUGUGGCAGGCGCAGAUCGGCCAGAUACUACAAUCUCCGGCUCAAGAGGUCCCUCCAACAGACGUUCCACCUUCAACCUUCCCGCUCACGGACAUUUCGCCGACAGAAAUACCACCUGCGGACGUUGCGCCUACGGAUGUCCCGCCUACGGAGAUCGCGCCUACAGACAUUGCUCCAAUGGACCCUACGGAGAUCGCACCAACUAAUAUUGCUCCUACGGACACUGAUCCUACGGACACUGAACCUACAGACGAAGACCCAAGUGACGCUGCCGCCCGACCAGGCAAGGUGUUGCCCUUCGAUAGCGCAUCUGCAACUCUACCACGCCUUAACACGCCCUAUCCCGACGCAUUCCACAAACUGACUAUCUCAGGUGUCCCGAACAUCGAUGCAACAUGGGCCCUGAACAUCACUGCCGGAAACAUUACGGCUGCGAUUGGAGUCUUGCAAACACUGGAUGAUGUCGUUGAGGCUGGAAUUUCGACAGCGGUCGGACUUGUUCAGGAUGUGGGUGGUGUUUUGAACGAUAUCAUUGUGUGA